AAUAAAAACGUAAAUAUAUAUAAAGUGUGCUCUAAGAUGAAUGAGAGGGAUUUUUUCAAAGAAGAAUUUAAAUAUUACAAGAAGAAAAAUCCUCCUCCUAAUUUAAAUCGGGUUAUAGAUUUUGAUUUAAAAUGCAACUUUGAUGCUAUAGUUUGUGUUAAAGAACAAUAUUUACAAACGAUGGCCAACGAAAGUCAGUGUGUAUUGUGCGAACAACUUAGUCUUCGAAAUCAUUCGACAUGGAACCUAUUUUCAAUAAAAAGUUUAAAUGGUUUUAUAUACAUACAAAACCCAUUUACCUGUUCUGGACAACAGAAAUGGAUCAGAAAAUGUUUAGAGGUAUAUCCUAGAAAACCAUCAGUUACUAAUCUCGAUCUUCAUUACAAAAAUAUAGACGACAUUUGGUCUCUUAGAGAUUCUUCUGAUCCUAUACAAAGACAAUACUUACCGAAACUGUGCUGGGCCACCCUUGGUUAUCAUCAUAACUGGGACACAAAAGUGUAUGAUCCCAGCUCGCGAUCCGAGUUUCCUGAUUGUUUGGAAAAUUUGUCUAAACACAUUGCUGAAUGUUUAGGUUUUGCCACUUUCAAACCAGAAGCAGCAAUUGUUAAUUAUUAUAGUUUAAAAUCUAGUUUAAGUAUACACAACGACCAUUCAGAAGAAGCUGUGGAUGCACCUAUAAUAUCUUUUAGUUUUGGACAGACUGGAGUAUUUUUAAUAGGAACUGAAAAUAAAUUUGAAAAACCGUUUUCGAUGUUAUUAAGGAGUGGCGAUAUAAUUGUGAUGUCAAAAUCUUGCAGACUUUCUUACCAUGCUGUCCCUUGCAUUUUAACAGAGAAUGUUGUUAACAGGUACUGGGACACUGAUGACAGCGAUUGGGUAGAAUUUUAUAAGUACAUAAGUAAUGGUCGUAUUAAUAUCAGUGUGAGACAGGUGUAUGAAAAUAAACCUUGACAUUACUUUAUGAAAAUUUAUUAUUUUUAUAUUUAUCUUAUACAGAUGGGUUUUUUUAAUUAUAGGACAAACUAAAGUUAUUCCAGACAUGCAAAAACAAGUCAAUUUCCCAUUAAUUAUACAAUGUGAGAAGAAUAAAGAAUUUUCAGAAUAUAAUAUUAAAAUUGAGAUUUUUUUUAUUCCCUACUGAAAAAAUAUUAUUUUGAGGAAAUUGAUUUGCUGUUGUGGCUGUUUUUUUUGGGGAAAAAAAACUACUAGUAAAGCAUUUAUAUAUUUUAAAUUUGGCAGUUCAUAAUUAAAUUAUAUAUAUUUAUAUAUAAUUCUGAAAUUGAAGCUUCAUUAUAUUCCUAUUUUUUGCAACGUCUUAAAUUAACUUUAAAUGUUUAAGAAACUCAUGAUUUGAUUGUAUAAAAAAUUGUUUUAUCAAAAUUUAUUUUUUAUUUGUAAUUUGUUUACCAAAUUUUAAGGUGGGAAAAGUUAUGAUGUGGAGCUUUUCAAACUGUCUAAUCCAAAAUACUCACUUUAUAAAUACUACACCAUAUAUGAGGAUCACUUGAGAGGUGAAAAGAAAUCUGCUAACAAAAUAUUUUCCAAGUAAAGACAGUAACAUAAUAACUUAUUGACAUGUUUAAGCAGUUAUUAACAUAAUAAGUAUGUAAAAUAAAAUAUCAACUGUAUUGUAAGCAAAUUUCAUCCCCCUCAUUGAGAUAUAAUUUCCCCCUUCUACAAUUAUCUGGAUUUGGUCUAGCUUCUUUAAUCCAUAUAUUUGGAAUUCUAUUGUAUGUUAAAACACAGAAAAGUAUAUUGUUCACAAAUACUAGAGUUUGUCCUUCAAGCUAUUUUUCUGUGAGCUAAAGUAAGAGCAUUAAGAAGUGUGAAUUGCAAGACUAUUAUUCUAUAAAUACUUUGAAUUAUGCCUCAAUAUAAAUAAAAUAUUUUUAAAAAUGAUUCAUUAAUUUAAAUAAAAAAUACAAGUGUUUUAUUUAAUUAUUUAACUUUUUAUUUUGUAUGAAAAAGAGAUAUGUUUUAUAAGAGUUAUAUAUAUUUCAAAUUUUCUAAAAAAUUACACAAAUUGAAAAAUUUCUUAAUAUGAAUUUUAAUAGCAUUUAUUUCUACCUAGAAUGACCUUAUUCUUGUAGAAUUCUAUUGUGAGCUUUUAAAAACGAUUUGAGAUAAAUUUUACAUAAAUACAAAACUGAAUAACAGAAUUGCACCUCAAUUCUUUUGAAGAACAAAGGUUUUAUAACUGAUCUAAAACUCAUUCUUUUUAAUCUUGGAUAACAUAGUCUUUAUUAAUGUUUAAUGACAUGGUACAUGCAGGACAAGAUAAUGCUCCAAAUUUAAAUACUCAAAACUAUGAAUAAAAUUUGAAACAGAAUGAGUUAAAUGAUGUUCAUGUGUGUUUCAAAUUUAAAAAGUGUUUCAUCUAUAAAGUGAAGGAUUUAGCUCUUCUCAAGAUACUAUUAAUGAUUGUAGCAAUGACUUUUAUCACAUUAUGUAUCAUUCUUACAUUUCUGUCUUGCAUGUUGUGUAAAAUUUCAAACUAAAUAUGAAAAUAUAUGAAAUUUUAUAAAAAUUUUUGCAUUACUGAAAUGCAAUUUAAGUUUUCAAAUAUGCUUAUAUUUAUAUAAUCCUCAUCUUUUGCAGAUAUUCUUGAAUGCAGCUAACACAUUUUUGGAUUAAACGAGUUUUCCAUCUUUGAUUUUGUCUUGAAUUUCAAAUAUCCAGCAGUUUUAAAAACCUAAGGAUUAUAAUAGAUAUUAAAGUCUAAAAACAACAAAGUUAUACAUAUUCAAAUCAAUUGAAAUGAAACCGAGAUAUUAUUUACUGUAUUUAUAUAUAAUUUUACCUAAAUCAGAAGGAUAUAUUUUGUUUU